GCAAGCGUGCUUGUUGUCUCUCUGUGGGAUCACAUUCUGAGCCUCGAUCGGGAGAUCCGCUGGGUAUGGCGUGGGCCUUGGUCUCCUUCGCAGAUACUGCUUUUGUUCAAUCGCUAUGGCGGAGACGCGAGUAUGAUUUUCAUUGCAUCGAACCUCAACAUAGUCUCCAUGGAUCUGAUUAACCAAGAUACAAGCUGUCAAGCUCUGACAGUCGUCACGAGCGUAUAUUGUAUCAUCAACAGCGCGUCCUCUCAAUUUGCACUCCUCCUGACGCUCUGUGAACUUUGGAGCAAACGAACGAGUCUCAAGCGUGCACUGACGAUAGGAUUCUCCGUCUGUUUCGCACUGUCUUUCGCGUUCGCCAUAGUCUGCGAUCAUCAAUCUUUCGGUAUGGUCCAAAUGCCUCUUCACGCACUUGCUCGAACCUCCUCUCACUCAUGUUUCCUAUUCUCUUCUGGGAAGCCUGCUUACGCGCUCGGCAUGUGGGGUGGAUUGAUGCUGUUUGACGUGUAUACGAUUGCACUGAUGCUGUUCAACGCAUUGCAAACGCCCCGUCAUCACGAUGCCGAGAUUCUAUCAAGCCUUAUUCGAGACGGCGCUGUCUAUUUCUUGGUAAGGCGCAACUAG